AUGACUUCAAUCGCCCCAGCGGCCAAGCUAGCCGUCCUCAUCGACGCAGACAACGCCAGCGCCGCCAUGAUAGCCUUCGUCCUCGCCGAGUUCGCAAAAUACGGCACCACCUUCGUCAAACGCGCUUACGGCGACUGGACCAGCAACCGCCUCAACGGCUGGAAACCCCAGCUCCUCCACAACUCUAUCCAUCCUAUGCAGCAGUUUGCAUAUACAGUUGGAAAAAACGCCACAGACUCAGCCAUGAUCAUAGACGCUAUGGAUUUGCUAUACUCUAACAAAUUCGAUGGGUUUUGUAUUGUGUCGAGUGACAGCGACUUCACGCGUCUAGCGUCGAGGAUUAGAGAGUCGGGGUUGAUGGUUUAUGGGUGUGGAGAGCGGAAGACGCCGAAGCCGUUUGUCACGGCGUGUGAUAAGUUCAUUUACGUUGAGAAUCUUGUGCCGAGAUCUGGAACCCCGUCGAUUGAGGCCGAUAUGGCUGGACCGUCAUCUGCAUUGCCGCUGAAUGGGCGAUCGUCCAGCGAUAGACCUCCUCGUGGCCACGCUCCAAUCUCCGCAUUUACCAAGGGUAAAGGUCUUUUGAUGGACUCACCUGCGCCUGCAAGAGGCUUGCUUCUCGAGCAAUCAACUCCGGGACCUUCAAAUCGUGGGCAAAUCGCACGUCUUCCCGAAAGGAUCGAUAUCCAAAAGGACAGGGCUGAACCGCGAGCGAGGGAAUCAUCUGCAGGGCCAUCCAGUGCGCCAAACAUCAAAGCCGAGCCCUCCGACGCAGCACCGUCCGUUUCCGCAUGGAACAGCACAACAAACGGCAAGCGAAAGAGGCUCGACCCCGAUGAUCCAAACAGUCCUGCGCGAACCAAACCUCGAGUAUCAUCACCAGAACCAGGCGAGUUGGAGCCUGAGCCCCGCGCAGUUGAUGAUCAACUCAUAGAAUGGCUUCGCGAGGCGGUUGAGGCAAGAACCGGUGAAGAUGGCUGGGCUGGCCUUGCGCCUGUUGGAGCGCUCAUGAACAGAUGGCACCCUGACUUUGAUACCCGGUCGUAUGGGUUCAGGAAAUUACAUGAGCUGAUAGCGUCAACGGGACUAUUUGAGAUUGAGGACCGGCGUCCUGGAGAGGGCAAGCCCAUUGUCAAGUAUGCGAGGUAUCUCAUAGAUAGAGACGACGGAGGUUCGGUUGACUCACGCCCAACGGGGAUAUUGUCUUACGAUAACUGA